CUAACGAUGGUUUUGAAGUUCAAAAGCAAAACCGACUACAUUCGAAAUGCGAGAAAAUUGUUCGAAGAGCAGUGCAGUUCCAGCAAAACAUGUCCUCUCUUUUUUCCGGAUGUCGAUGUGGCCAGGCGGCCAGAAUCCGUCUACGAUACAGUGCGUAAUCGUGUAUACCAAAAAGACGAAGUUGAGUCUUCCAAUUUUGAAGUAUAUCAAGCUUUCAAAAGUUUGAAGCAUAGUUUCAUAUUAUUACAUGGUCUCAAUUACAACCACAAUCAGUUUCAUUUGUGGGACCCAGAUUACGAUCCAGAAGAGUGCGCCAAAUCAGAAACUAUUCCAAAUUGUUCACUCGAGCACCGGUCAAAGUUAGUCAGCAAUAACGAUUUUCUGGUUUUCGGGCCCGAUUAUGUUGUUAUCAUUGAUGUAUAUCCGUCCGUAUUAGGCGCUGAAGGCAAAACCAUUCAAGCUCAAAAAAUUAACAAGAAGAUAUCGAAUCAACGGAAAUCGUUUGAAUUGAUUCGCAAAAUAGCUUUGGCAGAGGAGUCAGAGAAAGGAGAGAAAAGCGACUUUAAAGUUUUCAGAUACAUUGCAUUUCCGGUGUCUGAAGAAAACAGUGAAAUUUCGGGAAUAAAUGAGCUGAGAAAAGAAGGAGAGAAGUUUGGAGUGAUUACGAAAACGGAUUUGGAUGGGUUCGACUUCUGGUGGUCUGAAAAGAUCCUCAGCUCAGCUCAUGACCAGUGUGAAAUAGUCAGAGGUAACUUCGUUUUGGUGCAACACACCCUUUUUGCCGUUUGGUGCAUUAGAGAUGACAUAAGCGAACCCCAAACCAACAUGAUGCGAACAGCUCGACCAAAUUUUAAGCGUGACCACGACGCUGUUGAAGCCGGUUUGAGAUUAAUUCCAAGUACCGUCAACUUGAACGGUCUUAUGGAAGUUUUUAUUGGACCGGUGUUCGGAAAGUCAGCUGUGGAAAAGUUGAAAUCAAAUAUUGGAAACGAGCGCCCUUCACCCUCUGGUCACAAGGAGCAGAUAGAUCUUCAGUCAAUUUUGAAAAGAAUCAUGUUCGAAGACAAGCAAGCGCUUUCUCUUUGGACAAAGUAUAGAAGUAUCAGGCGCCUCCAAAGCAAAAAAGAGUUGCAGAACAGCAUCGACUAUUUUCAAAACGGCAAAGAGUUGUUUGAAACGUUUUCUGUAGGCGAUGGCUGUUUUGCUCAGAUGUUCCCGACUUGUCCCAAUCAACAAUACAUCGACCUUUACGAAAUCACUGACCAAACGGACGUUACACCGCAAGUAAAGACUGAUUUGCAAAAACAACAAGACUAUGAGGCCGAGGUGAAAGUGUACCGAGCCCUUGAGAAUGUAAGGGGUGAAAACGUGAGCGUGAUUCACGGUUUGAAGUACUCUCAUUACCAGUACAGGAUGUUUGACGCUAAUCACCAAGUGAGAGAAUGCUCAAACAGAAAGCAACAGCCUAACUGUAAAAAAGGACUGCAUUCGGAUGAAGGAGAAAAUGAUUUUGUUGUGCUGGGACCAAACUACUUUGCACUGAUUGAAGUCAAAAAUGCGGAAAAGGAGGCAUCGAUAGCAUCCAUGAAAAAUUUCGUGAAAUCCGCAUCAAAGCAGCUAGAUAAGCUCAUCCAAGUCAUCGAAGGAAUUGCGCAUGCGACUAUUAAAAACGAGACACUCGACAGCGGCUGCUCUGAUUCGUCCGCGCAUACGACCACCGCUCUACAAUCAAACUCAUUCAAAGUAUUCCGUUUUGUUGCCUUCCCGCGCAAUAAUAACAGGCUAAAUACUGCUGAGUUUGUGACAGAACAAGAAAAUGUGCGGUGCAUAUUUGACUGCGAUUUCGAUAAUUUUGCCGACUGGUGGAAUCGAAAUGCCUUGGAAAAUCCACAUGCGAAAUCAGUUGAUGUCCAAGGACACUUUGAAAAGGUGAAAUAUGUGUUAUGGACAUUAUGGGCUACCAAAGAUAAAACUUUUGACGGAUCAUCGAUUGGCUUUAAGGUGGACUUGCUCAAAACAGACAAACUGUUGAAAGAUAGUGAAAUCACUUUCACAAGCAAGAACAGACAACUCUCUCCUAAUGUUGCGAGAACAAGCGACAUGGAUUCUGCGGACGUAAACGGGAUCAAUGUUUUCCACGACAUUCUAGGCAUCAAAUUUAUAACCAAAAACCAGAAGGAAGCUUUCGAGAAUCAAUCGAAAAACUUGAUCAUCACUGGAUGUGCGGGCUCUGGGAAAAGCCUGAUGUUAAUAGCUCGGUUUUUGCAUCAAGCUUUGACAAGCAGUGACUUGAAAAUGCUUCUUCUUGUUUUUAAUCAGCUUAAGUUAGUCGAAUACAAGAAAUUUUUCGCUAGACUUAAGUUAAGUUGUGUGGAUCUAUCUGAAGUUGAUUUUGACCCAAACUUGUGGCAAAGUAGAGUCGCUGUUAUUCAUUGUAACACGCAGUUAAAGAACUCAAAAACGCUUCAUGCAAUUCAGAGGGGAGAAGUGGUCAUUUAUGUAGACGAUGCGCAUGCUUCCGACAUUGACUUUAUGUCCUUGAAGUGCGCAUGUAUUGCAGUUGACUUCAACCAAUGUCAUCUGCCACUUGAGCAAACUCCACAUAGCUGGACAUCAAUUGAAGAUUUCGAUCUCGUAUCACUUACCCAUAACUAUCGCAGCACUUGGAAUAUAGUUUCAAACCUGACUAAUCUGUCCAAGGCUGUUAAACAAAAGGAUGCCCUUCAGCGCUACUUUGCGGAACAUCCGCCUGAAUUGUCGCAUCAUCCUAGCCACGGACAUUUGAUACAUGGACCACAAACUGAAAUUGACGUUAUUCACUUUAAAUCUCCGGUAAACAAUACUGAACAGUUAACGGAAGUGUUGCAACUUUACAUCAAAAAAAUGCAUCGUCAUUUCCCUAAAACAACAAAUCUCUCAUCUAAAUUUUUUAUCAUCGUUCCGGAUGACUCUUUUCUGAGGCAAGUGGCACAAGAAAUCAACAGCCUCCUUAACCGACAUUUUUCUGUCAUCGUCAAUGCUUGGGAACAGAGCAUCUACUCUACCGAGUUUACAGCCUGUUUUAUAUAUCUAGUGUUUUCAAACAUGGAUACUAAAAUGUUGAGAUCUGUUUAUAAUGUAAUUUCAAGAGCGCGGGCGUUUUGUCAUAUUAUGGUGGUUUCAAACAAAAACACUGAGCACGAGGAGCUAAAUGAGUUCCUGGGCUUAUUCAAAGAAGCCAAAAUCAACCAUAUCAGACAACCUGAAAACUCUGCCGAUCAAAACCAGCUCGAACUCAGUCUGGAUUGAUGCUCCAGAAUUGAAACUAAAAAAUCUAAUUUUUGUAACAAUGGUAUCUGAAAGAAGCUCUCACACAAUUUAUUAGAUAUAUCUACUUA